UCGCCUUCAUCCUAAUCCCCUCCGCCUCCGCCUCCCCCUUCCUCCAUCCUCACGCGGCGCAGCACGCCGUCGCUGUCGUCGUCGUCUCUCGUUUCCGGAUCGAACCUCGCUUCGCCGCACGGCACCAAAAGGCGGGGCGUCCGUGCUGCCUGCCUGCCUGCCUGGACUUCCCAUCCACACGUUUCGCUGCUCCUGCGGCCCUGCCUGCUGCCUCUUCCGAUCCGCCCGACGCGCGGGGUGCUCUCUGGACGGCGUUUUUUCUCAUGUGCUCCGGUGGCGGUUGAUUCGCUGCUGUCCCCUUCCGUGCGUCGGCGGGGGAGCUCAGGUAGGCGAUGGCGGCGACCGUGCGGGACGGCGCGGAGGCGGCGGGGUACGGGGUGGAGGAUGAGGAUGACCGUGACGGCGGCGCGGUGUCGGACGGCGAGAUGGACGUGGAGAUGGGCGGCGAGUCGCAGGCCCGCGAAGCCGAGCGGAGGGACGGCGACGGCGACGACGACUACGCGCUGCUCACUAGGAUAACUGACACAUCAGCAGCUGAAGCAAGGGCAGGAAAGGAUAUACAAGGUAUACCAUGGGAGAGGUUACAAAUAACCAGGUGUGAUUACAGAAAAGCUAGAUUGGAACAGUACAAAAACUACGAAAACUUCCCUCAAUCUGGAGAGCUCAUGGAUAAGUUAUGCAAGCAAGUGGAUAAGAGCAGCAAGUAUUAUGAAUUUCACUACAACACUAGAUUAGUGAAGCCAUCAAUCCUCCAUUUUCAGCUUAGGAAUUUGUUAUGGGCAACAUCGAAGCAUGAUGUCUACUUCAUGUCAAAUUCCACAGUAGGCCACUGGUCAUCAUUGUCUCAUAAUCUAUCGGAGGUUCUUGAUUUCUCAGGGCAUGUUGCUCCAACUCAGAAACACCCUGGCAGCUUGCUAGAAGGGUUUAGUGGGGUUCAAGUUAGCACACUCUCAGUGAAUGAGGGUUUAUUGGUUGCUGGUGGUUUUCAGGGAGAACUAAUUUGCAAGGUUGUGGGAGAUCGUGAUGUUAAGUUCUGCACAAGGACAACUUUAAGCGACAAUGCUAUCACAAAUGCCAUAGAUAUACACAGAUCUGCAAGUGGAAGCUUGCGUGUUACCGUAUCCAACAAUGAUUGUGGUGUUCGCGAAUUCGACAUGGAGAACUUUCAGCUCUUGAACCACUUCCGUUAUAACUGGCCAGUCAAUCACACAUCUGUGAGCCCUGAUAGGAAACUUUUGGCAGUAGUUGGAGAUGAUCGGGACGCUCUUCUUGUUGACUCAAGAAAUGGAAAGGUAACCUCUACCCUAGUUGGCCAUCUGGACUACUCGUUUGCUUCCGCAUGGCACCCUGACGGCCGCACCUUCGCAACCGGGAACCAAGACAAGACCUGCCGUGUCUGGGACAUACGGAACCUGUCGACUUCGCUCUCCGUCCUCAGGGGCAACAUCGGCGCAAUCCGCUGCAUCCGCUACUCCUCCCACGGCCGGUUCAUGCUGUUCUCGGAGCCCGCCGACUUCGUGCACGUCUACAGCGCCGCCGCGGGCUACAAGAAGAGGCAGGAGAUCGACUUCUUCGGCGAGGUCUCCGGCAUCUCGCUCAGCCCGGACGACGAGUCGCUGUUCGUCGGAGUGUGCGACCGCGUGUAUGCCAGCUUGCUGCACUACAGGAUGGUCCACUCCUUCGGGUACCUCGACUCGUUCAUGUAGAAGAAGGGAAUAAAAAUGGUGUUUCUGUUGGGCCCUGUUAGGGCCGCUCGCUCAUCGCUGUGGCGAUUCUGAUGUGUGCGUGUUCAGGGAAUGUAUCCGCCUGUUCGUGCAUGUUUCGAGUCUGCCUUGUAAAUAGUUUAGCUAGUAUAUCAUAGACUGUGACGGACCAAUGCUCUCGGAACAGAAAUGCAGAGUAAUCUAUGUCGUCAGUGCUUAGCUCCAGCUUGCACAA